CAUUCUGAAGUCAUUCAGUGAAACAACAUGGCCGCUAAACUCAUCCUCUUCGUCUGCGCCACCGCCCUCGUGGCACAGGCUGCUCUGGGCGUUGGACCUUUCGGCGCUGGACUCGGUGGUUGUGGCUGCGGAGGUCGCGGCUACGGUGGUUACGGCUACGAUAUCGGCGCUGCUGCUGCUCUGGAAGCUUCUUGCGGAGGAGGUCUCCCCGUCGUCACCUCCUCUGCUGCUCCUACUGGUCUGGGUGUAGCUUCCGAGAACAGGUACGAGGGUACCGUCGGUGUCUGCGGCAACCUGCCGUUCCUUGGUACUGCUGAUGUUGCUGGCGAGUUCCCCACUUAUGGUUUCGGUGACAUCAACUACGGCUGCGGUGACGGCGCUGUGGGGAUCAUCGCCGAGGACCGCGCCGGGCUCGGCUACGGCGCUGGUUACGGUCUCGGCUACGGAGGCUACGCCGGACGCGGUUGCGGCUGCGGCUGCGGUGGCAUCUGAUGAAAUACUCCAACAUGACCCUGGGCUUUUGACUUCAAAUUGAAAUAAAAAGUUUUAAAUUGUA